AAGGGUAUUGUUGUAAAAUUAUUAUGCCUUUUUUUAUUUGAAAAAGACAAAGAAGAAGAAGAAGAAAACAGGACUCUUCAUAAACCCUAAAAAGAAGCUCCGUCUUCCACACUAAAAAACCUCCAACUUCAUCUGCUACGAUUUCAGAAAGUUGAAGGCUUCCAUCAAGUGUUAAAAAAUGGCUCUGGUUCUACACGCGGGGAAUACCAAUAAAAAUGGUUUCAAGGCACUUAUUGCUGCAGAAUAUAGUGGCGUUAAAGUGGAAUUGGUCAAGAACUUUGAGAUGGGUGUUACAAAUAAAACUGCAGAAUUUCUUAAGAUGAACCCAAUUGGAAAGGUUCCUGUUUUGGAAACACCUGAUGGUCCCAUAUUUGAGAGCAAUGCCAUUGCACGCUAUGUUGCUCGCUUGAAGGCCGAUAAUCCUCUUCUUGGAUCUUCAUUGAUUGAAAAUGCUCAUGUGGAGCAAUGGAUUGAUUUUGCAACAUUGGAAAUUGAUGCCAAUAUUUUGCGUUGGUUUAUUCCACGAAUUGGGUAUGCUGUAUACCUACCUCCGGCUGAGGAAGCUACAAUUUCUGCACUGAAGAGAGCACUUGAUGCUCUAAAUACUUAUCUUGCUUGCAAUACUUACUUGGUUGGGCAUUCUGUUACAUUAGCUGAUAUUGUCAUGACAUGUAAUUUGAGCUUGGGAUUUAGCCGCAUCCUUACCAAGAGUUUUACCUCUGAGUUUCCUCACAUCGAGAGAUACUUCUGGACCAUGGUUAAUCUACCGAAUUUCCAUAAAAUAUUGGGUGAGGUGAAACAAGCAGACUCUGUUCCACCUGUUCAGUCGAAGAAGCCUUCACAGGUGCAAGCUGCCAAACCAAAAGCCAAGGAUGAGCCAAAGAAAGAAACAGCCAAACCUAAAGUAGAGUUGGCUGCUGCGGAAGAAGAGGCACCCAAGCCCAAGGCAAAGAACCCUCUUGACCUUUUGCCUCCCAGUAAGAUGAUUCUGGAUGAGUGGAAGAGGCUUUACUCUAACACCAGGACCAACUUCCGUGAAGUUGCCAUCAAAGGAUUCUGGGACAUGUAUGAUCCAGAGGGGUACUCUCUUUGGUUUUGUGAUUACAAGUACAAUGAUGAGAAUACUGUCUCAUUUGUGACUUUGAACAAGGUGGGUGGUUUUCUGCAGCGAAUGGAUUUGGCUCGUAAAUAUGCAUUUGGAAAGAUGUUGGUGAUUGGUUCAGAGCCACCCUACAAGGUGAAGGGAUUAUGGCUAUUCCGUGGACAAGAGGUUCCUCAGUUUAUCAUCGAUGAGUGCUAUGAUAUGGAGCUGUAUGAGUGGCGCAAGGUUGAUAUUACCGAUGAGGCUCAGAAGGAGCGUGCUAGCCAGAUGAUUGAAGAUUGCGAGCCUUUCGAGGGAGAGGCUUUAUUGGAUGCUAAAUGUUUCAAGUAAUGAGAGCAUUUUCUACACUUUUGUGUCCUAUUGGAAAAUCAUCAGAUUUUAUAUUUCCAAUUUUCCUUUUCAACGUUUAUUAAUUUAGUGGCAGUCCUUUCUGUGGUUCUGUUAACAAUUUCUAGUUCUGUUUCCAGGACAGUGUAAUUUCUAUUUUAUUACAAAAAAAAAUAUUGAAACUAUUGUGCUAA